CGGGGGAUCGCAACGCUGCAUCAAAGAUGGCUUAUUAUCAACCAACAUUUUGUCCGUUUAGGAAUAAUAUUGUGAAAGAAUAAGAGAUAUCUUGCACGAAGAGAAGGCGGAGAGCCGGUGGUAGCUGUCGCGAGCAGUGUUAACACUCUCGUCGCACUACGCACCGCUUGCUCUCUCCGUGCGCUAACUUGUCCCCACUGUGCUAGCUAGUUAGCUCACAUAGUAAAUAUUAGCUAGCCUAGCUACCGUUAGCUUCCUUACUGUUGAUUGCUAAAAUGGCCACCAUGGAGAAAUUGAUGAAGGCCUUUGAGUCUCUGAAGUCAUUCCAGCAGCAACAGGGACCACCAACCGCCGAGGAGCUUGUCCAGAGGCAGAAAAAAGAACAGGCUACCACAAAGAAGGAUAGGGUCACCCACUGCCUGACAAUAUGUGAAAACAUAGUGGCUCAAUCUCUGAGAACAUCUCCAGAGUUUCAGAAACUGCUGGGCAUCGCCAUGGAGAUGUUCCUGCUCUGCAGCGAUGACAGCGAAUCAGAUGUCCGGAUGGUAGCCGAUGAGUGCCUGAACAAAAUCAUCAAAGCACUGAUGGACUCCAACCUACCUAGGCUGCAGCUGGAGCUAUACAAAGAAAUUAAAAAGAACGGUGCCUCUCGGAGUCUGAGGGCGGCUUUGUGGAGGUUUGCUGAGCUCGCUCACCUCAUCAGACCACAGAAAUGCAGACCCUACCUGGUCAACCUGUUGCCAUGCCUCAGCCGAAUCACCAAGCGACAGGAGGAGACAGUACAGGAGACUCUGGCUGCUGCAAUGCCCAAGAUCAUGGCCGCCUUGGGACACUUCGCCAAUGAUGGCGAGAUCAAGGUGCUGCUGAAGUCAUUCGUGGCCAACCUGAAGUCCAGCUCCCCCACCAUCAGACGGACAGCAGCCAGCUCAGCCGUCAGCGUGUGCCAACACUCCAGACGCACCAGCUACUUCUACACCUGGCUCCUUAAUGUGCUGCUGGGUCUUCUGGUUCCAGUGGAUGAGGAGCACCCCAGCCACCUAAUUCUGGGCGUGCUGUUAACCCUUCGCUACCUGAUGCCUCUGCUGCAGCAGCAAGUCAACACCACCAGCCUCAAAGGAAGCUUUGGAGUCAUGAGGAAGGAGGCUGAUGUACAGCCAACACCUGAACAACUGCUACAGGUGUACGAGCUGACCUUACACUACACACAGCACUGGGAUCACAAUGUAGUCACGGCGGCUCUGGAGCUCCUGCAGCAGAUGUUCAGGACUCCCCCGCCAGAGCUGCUGCAUAUGCUCAUCACUGCAGGCAGCAUCGCACGCGGCACUGUAUUCCGCCAGGACACCGAGAGCCGUGCACGCUCCGGCAGCAUCCUCGAGCUCAUUGCGGGGGGAGGGUCUUCCUGCAGUCCACUCAUUCUCAGGAAACAGAGAGGUAAAAUGCUCUCUGGGGAGGAGGAUGGGUUGGAGGACGACGCUGAAAGAACAGAGGUCACCACUGGUGCCUUCACAGCAUCGGUCGUUGGUGCAGAAGGCUCCACUGCGGCCCAGGUUGACAUCAUCACUGAGCAGCCGCGCUCCUCCCAGCACACCCUGCAGCCUGGCGACUCUGUGGACCUCAGUGCCUCUUCAGAGCAGGGCGGCGGUGGGGGUGGAACAUCUGCAUCCGACACGCCUGAGUCACCCAACGACAACGAAGAGGAAAUGCUGAGUCGGAGCUCCAGUGGCGGGGCCAACAUUACUCCAGAGACGGCUGACUACACCACACCAGAGAAUGCCACACCGGAGGGAGGACCCUUAGGAGAAGGCGGGACUCUGCUAAGUACUAAUGACCGCUCACUUCCACCCAGCGACUCCUCGCAGACCACCACAGAGGGACCAGAUUCAGCUGUCACCCCUUCAGAUGUAGCAGAACUGGUGCUGGAUGGCAGUGAGAGCCAGUACUCUGGGAUGCAGAUCGGGACGUUACAGGACGAAGAAGACGAAGGAGCAGCACCUGCCUCCCAAGAAGAACCUCCAGAACCCUUCCUGCAGUCAGCGCUGGCUCUGAGCAAGCCUCAUCUGUUCGAAGGCCGAGGUCACAACCGGCAGGGAUCAGACAGCAGCGUGGACCGCUUCAUACCAAAGGACGAACCCGCUGAACCCGAACCUGACAACAAGCCAUCUCGGAUAAAGGGUCCGAUUGGGCAUUAUACAGACCAAGGGGCUGAGCCGCUGGUGCACUGUGUACGGCUUCUUGCUGCUUCCUUCUUGCUGACAGGACAAAAAAAUGGUCUGACCCCUGAUAAGGAGGUGCGAGUGAGCGUGAAGGCUCUGGCGCUCAGCUGUGUCGGGGCGGCAGCAGCACUGCAUCCUGAAGCCUUCUUUAAUUCCCUCUACCUGGACCCGCUGGACGGCGUUCCAGUAGAAGUGUACCAGAAAGUUGACCGAAGAAUGAGUUGGAACACAGAGACAGACGAUGAGGAUGAUGGUGGCACUGUAUCAGAGAUCUGA